AUGUGGUGUGCGUUAUUCUUCGUGUCGUUGGCGAUAAGCUCAAUCGUUGCUUCUGCGAGCGAUGAACACCCCACUCAAGAGUUUUGUCGUUACUUUCCUUCAUUAAACCUCUGUCGUCUUCGUGAAGCACUUCAAGGAUCGCUUCUAGAGCUACAGUACUUGUUGCAAGAUGUUAGUCCUGACAACGGUCCUAAUUCCAACAACGCCCUUGAUACGAGUCCAAUGGAAAAACACAAGUCGGCAUUUGUUCGUUUUGGAAAACGAUCAUUCGAAGAUGCUUCGGUAAGCUAA